AUGGUCANGUUUGAGAUUGGAAAGUUUAAUAAUUAUUGUUCAAACGAUGGUCAUCGGAAGACGGAGUCAUGGGGGAAUAACAGCGACUGUUGUAGUUGGACGGGUAUCACGUGCAAUGCCAAGUCCGGAGAAGUGAUCGAGCUACACCUUCGCUGCAGCGGCCUCCAUGGUCAGUUUCAUUCCAAUAGCAGUCUUCAAAACCUUCCUUUUCUAAGCACUCUUGACCUUUCAUAUAACAAUCUUACUGGCCAAAUCCCAGAUUCCAUUGGAAAUCUUUCUAAUCUUAUCACUCUCAGCCUUUCGGAAAAUUAUUUCAGUGGUCGGAUUCCAUCUUCGAUUGGAAACCUUUCUCAUCUCUACCUUUUUUUUAAUCAAUUUUCUGGUAAAAUCCCAUAUUCAAUUGGAAAGCUUUCUCAACUCACCGAUCUCCGCCUUUUUAGAAACAAUCUCGUUGGUGAAAUCCCAAAUUCAAUUGGAAACCUCUCUCAUCUCACCUAUCUCAACCUUUGGAGAAACAAUCUCAUUGGUGAAAUCCCAUCUUCUUUUGGCAAUCUAAACCAGUUGACCUACUUAUUUGUUGAUCAUAAUAUGCUCAUUGGCAACUUUCCCAAUGUACUACUGAAUUUGACAGGGUUGUCGGAUUUAUCACUCUCCGACAAUCAGUUCAGUGGUGCGUUUCCUCCUUAUAUCACUUCACCAUCUAACCUAGAAUAUUUAUCCCUUGGAGGCAACAACUUCAAAGGGCCAAUCCCGAGAUCCAUUUCCAGAUUAGUCAACCUUUCGGAUCUUGACCUUUCUCAUUUCGACACCCAAGGCCGCCCAGUUGACUUUAGUAUCUUCUCUCCUCUCAAGUCACUUGAAAGUCUUUACCUAUCCUAUUUGAACACCACCACUACGAUUGACUUGAAUGAUAUCUUAUCAUAUUCCAAAAGCCUCUAUGAAGUAGAUCUCUCAGGCAACCAUGUUUCAACAACAAACAAGAGUUCAGUUUCAAAUCCCCUUUCACAGGAGAUAGAUUCUUUGUACUUGUCAGGCUGCGGUAUCACCGAGUUUCCAGAGCUCCUAAGAACCCAAUAUGAAGUGACGCUAUUGGACAUCUCCAACAACAAAAUCGAAGGUCAAGUCCCUGCCUGGUUAUGGACUCUACCAAAUUUGACGUACGUGAAUCUUUCAAACAAUACUUUCAUCGGUUUUCAAAGAUCAAAAAAGAAACAAGCACUAUCCUCUGUCCGGAAACCAUCUAUGAGGCACUUGCUUGGCUCCAACAACAACUUCACCGGAAAGAUUCCUUCUUUCAUAUGUGAGUUGCAUUCUCUAAACACUCUUGAUUUAUCUGAAAACAAGUUUAACGGUUCAAUCCCUCGUUGUAUGGUAAAUCUCAAGAGUAAUCUUUCGGAUCUAAACCUUCGGCAUAAUAAUCUUAGCGGAGGUCUUCCAAAGCAUAUAUUUGAAAGUCUAAGGUCGUUUGACGUUGGUCAUAACCUACUUGUGGGAAAGCUUCCUAGAUCUUUGAUCUGUUUCUCUACUCUUGAAGUUUUGAACGUGGAAAGCAACAGAAUCAACGACACGUUUCCGUUCUGGUUGGGUUCUCUACAAAAGCUGCAAGUUCUUGUCCUUCGCUCCAAUGCAUUUCAUGGACCAAUACAUCAAGCCUCGUUCCCUCAGUUGCGAAUCAUCGACAUAUCACAUAAUCACUUCUAUGGAACUUUGCCAUCAGAGCACUUUUCGAAGUGGACUGCUAUGUCAUCAUUUGGAGAAAAUGAAGUUGGGUCUAACAAAAUGUAUAUGGGAGAUAGAUAUUACCAAGAUUCAUUGGUUUUGAUGAAUAAAGGUGUAGAGUUAGAACUGGUACUUAUCCUUGAAAUCUACACAGCAAUCGACUUUUCGGGAAACAAAUUUGAAGGAGGGAUUCCAACGUCCAUCGGUCUACUGAAAGAGCUUCAUGUGCUCAACUUAGCAGACAAUGUAUUCACUGGCAGCAUCCCUUCAUCUAUGGGGAACCUGACAGCUCUCGAGUCCCUGGACGUUUCCCAAAACAAGCUUUCAGGGGAAAUCCCACAAGAGCUAGGGGAGCUCUCGUUCCUUGCGUACAUGAACUUCUCUCAUAACCAGCUUUCAGGCCUAGUUCCAGGGGGCACUCAGUUUCGGACGCAGAAUUGCUCUUCUUUCGAGGGAAGCCUGAGACUUUUUGGACCUUCUUUUGACGAAGUUUGCAGAGAUAUUCACACGCCACCAUCACAUCAACAGUAUGAAACGACGGAAUCAGAGGAAGAAGACGAAGAAGAGGUGAUUAGUUGGAUAGCAGCUGCAAUAGGAUUCAUACCUGCAAUCGACUUUUCGGGAAACAAAUUCGAAGGAGAGAUUUCAAAGUCCAUCGGUCUCUUGAAAGAGCUUCAUGUGCUCAACCUGUCAAACAAUGCAUUCACUGGCCGCGUCCCUUCAUCUAUGGGGAACCUCACAGCUCUCGAGUCCCUGGACGUUUCUCAAAACAAGCUUUCAGGAGAAAUUCCACAAGAGCUAGGGGAGCUCUCAUUCCUUGCGUACAUGAACUUCUCUCAUAACCAGCUUUCAGGUCUACUACCAGGAGGCAAUCAGUUUCAAACGCAGCCUUGCUCUUCCUUUGGAGAUAAUCCGGGACUUGUUGGCUCUUCUCUUGACAAAGUUUGCAGAGUUAUUCACACACCACCAGCAUCACAUCAACAAUAUGAAACGCCGGAAUCAGAGGAAGAAGACGAAGAAGAGGUGAUUAGUUGGAUAGCAGCUGCAAUAGGAUUCAUACCUGGUAUUUUCUCUGGCUUGACGUUUGGAUACAUAUUGCUUUCCCACAAACCAGAGUGGUUCAUGAACCCUUUUGGCCGAAACAAUCGUAGACAGUAG